AUGGCGAUUCACACGGAAGGCGUGGCGCCGAGGUCUCUACUCACCUCUGAGAAGCCGACCGUUGAGAUCGUCGAGAAUGUUAAGCCCAUUGAGCUGAGAACCGUCACAGACCUCUUGUUGAGACGGGUCGAAGAGGCGCCAGAUGUCGACGUCCUGGCUUACCCGGCAACAGCCAAAGGAAGAGAUGACUAUGUAAGCUACACAGCCAAGGACCUCGACCGGUUCGCCGACGAGGCUGCGCGCAAGUAUGCGCAGGCUGGGCUUCUCCCUGAGAACCCUGCCUCCAGCCAAGCGGAAGUCGUCGCUCUGCUGGCAAACUCCGAUCUCAACUAUGUAGUCUCCAUGUUCGCCUUGUCAAGGAUGGGCUUUGCGGUGCUCUACCUCUCAACGCGUCUCUCGCCCGAGGCCUACGUCAACCUUUUGAAGAAGACCAACUGCAAUCGCAUCGUCAUCUCAGACCGCUACAGCAGCACCGCAUCUCAGAUCAACGACCUGUACCCCAUUUCCACCUUCAACAUCCUCGACAAGUCCGAGUACGACCUGCCCGUUCCCUCGGGCGAGCGCUUCCCCGUCUUCACACACCCCAACGCCUCGCAGCGCAUGUCCUUCAUUGUGCACUCAUCCGGUUCCACAGGCUUGCCGAAGCCCAUCUUCCAGACGCAUGCGGCUUGCAUCUCCAACUACUCAAGCGGCAUCCCCUACCGCGCGUUCUUGACUCUGCCGCUGUUCCACAACCACGGCAUCUCAACACUGUUCCGUGCGAUUUAUGCAGGAAACAGGAUCGCUAUUUACAACGCCAACCUGCCCCUUUCUGGAACCACGCUAGUGAAGGCUAUGGCCUCGACGGAGCCGGGAAGUUUGCACUGCGUUCCGUAUGCGCUGAAGCUGCUCGCGGAGACUGAGGGAGGUAUUGAGGCGUUGCAGAGGCUUAAGCUUGUGCUUUACGGCGGUAGCAGUUGCCCAGAUGAUUUGGGCGACCGUCUCGUUGAGGCGGGUGUUUAUCUUGUCGGACAUUACGGAGCGACUGAAAUGGGCCAGCUCAUGACCUCCUUCCGUGAGCCCACAGACAAGUACUGGAACUACAUGCGUCCCCUUCCCUCAGCCAAGCCCUGGCUGCGCAUGAUUCCCAUCGCUGAUGGCGUCUACGAGUGUGUUGUUCUGGACGGCCUCCCGUCCAAGGUCAUGUCCAACUCGGACGACCCUGAGCCCAACUCUUACCGUACCCGUGAUACCUUCGUCCCUCACCCAACUAUUCCCGACGCCUGGCGCUACCUUGGCCGUCUCGAUGACCGCGUUACGCUUGUGAACGGCGAGAAGGUCCUCCCUAUUCCCUAUGAGAACCACAUCCGUGAGCACGAACUCGUCCAGGAAGUCGUCGUCUUCGGUGUCGGCAAGUCCAUCCCCGGUCUAAUUAUCAUCCCGAGCGAGAACGCAAAGGACCUCUCCAAGGAGGAAAUUCUCAAGACUCUCAGCCCCGUUAUCGCGGAAGCCAACGCACGCGCAGAGGCCUUCGGUCGCGUUUCUCCGGAGAUGAUCGAGGUCGUCGAUAUCGGCACCGAGUACCCUCGCACCGACAAGGGCACCGUCAUCCGCGCUGCCUUCUACAAGCAGUUCGCCGACCUCAUCGAAGAGGUAUACCGCCGCUUCGAGGCGCCCAAGGAUGACGUCGCUGGCGGCGAGCUUGUGACUCUGGACCUGCCCCAGCUGGAGGACUACCUCCUGGAUCUUUUCCACACCAAGCUUGGCUUCCAGUCUCUGGAGAAGGGAACCGACUUCUUCGAGGCUGGUGUCGACAGUCUUCAGGCUAGCACGGCACGCGGAUACAUCCAGAGAGGCGUCAACCUGGGUGGCAAGACUCUGGGACAGAACGUUGUCUUUGAGUACCCCAAUGUCAUCUCGUUGGCCAAGCACGUUCACUCUCUCCGCACCGGCGAGGCCGCAGAAGCUGAGGACGAGAUCGAGGUCAUGAAGAAGCUGAUCGCCAAGUACUCCGACUUCAGCGAAAGACAACCGGGCACCAUCAACCCUGACGGCGAGACUGUUAUCCUGACUGGCACCACUGGUUCCCUUGGAGCCCACCUUUUGGCCCAAGUAGUCCGCCAGCCCUAUGUCAAGGCCGUCUACUGCCUUGCCCGCGCCUCAUCCCCCGAAGAGGCCGAGUCUCGUGUCAUCGCCUCGGUGACCUCCAAGGGCCUCAGUCUCUCUGACAGCGACAAGGCCAAGGUCAAGUACCUCCCCACUAACCUGGGCCAGGCUGACCUCGGCCUGACGCCGGAAGCCGCUGCCGAGCUCCGCAAGUCCCUGACGACAGUCAUCCACUCCGCCUGGGCCGUCAACUUCAACCUGGGCGUCGCGAGCUUCGAGGCGCAGCACAUCCGCGGAGUCCACAACCUCCUCAACUUCUGUCUCAGCACAGAGACGGUCAAGCCCGCGCGCUUCUACUUCUGCUCCUCCAUCUCGGCUGCCGCGGGCACGCCGAUCCCGGCCAGUAUCAAGGAGACUUACGUCGAGAACCUCGAGCACGCGCAGAACAUGGGCUACGCGCGCUCCAAGGUUGUCACUGAGCACGUCGUCAAGGCGGCGGCGACCAAGACUGGCAUCACGGCCCGCGUGCUGCGUCUGGGACAGAUUGUGGGCGAUUCGGAGGGAGGCGUUUGGAACCAGACGGAGGCGAUUCCGUUGAUGAUCCGCAGCGCAAAGGUCAUCAAGGCGCUGCCUGCUCUGGACGAGACCCCCUCAUGGAUGCCUGCGGACAAGAUGGCUCUUGCAGUUCUCGAACUCGCUAGCCUUACCGGUUCCCGCUGCUCCUCCUGCGGCGCUCCCCCGGCGUCCCCUGACGACGCCGACUUGGAUCUUGUUUACCAGGUCCAGAACCCGACUCUCUUCCACUGGACCUUCGACUUCCUCCGCGCGCUGCGUGCCGCGGGCUUGGAGUUCCAGAUCGUUUCGCAGCGCGAGUGGGUGCGCCGCCUGCGUGAAUCCGACCCUGACCCGGAGAAGAACCCUACAUACAAGCUUCUUCGUUUCUUCGAGGAGAAGUACGACAAUGACAAGCCCGGUCGUGAGGGCCUUGUGUUUGAGACGCAGAGGACGGGCGAGAAGAGCCCUGCUGUCGGACAAGGCUGGGAUGUCGUUGGAAGCGGACUGGUUGAGAAGAUGGUGAGGUGGAUGGAGACGCAAUGGUAG